ACCAAAAACAAAAAGCAGGGCCGCCACCUACCGAAGGUCUCAUCAGUUCCUCAUCAUAAGAACCUAAUAUCAAGAUCGAUCGAUCGAAAGAGAGAGAGAUCGAGAGAGAGAAAGAAAGAAAGAGAUCAAUGGCUCUAAGGUUAUUGUCUUCAAGGGCUGCUUCUUACCUCAAGAUCUCAGUUUUCCCCAGAGGCUUUGCGACAGUUGUGAAGGAUUUGAAGUAUGCUGAUUCUCAUGAGUGGGUUAAAGUUGAUGGUAACACAGCAGUAAUAGGAAUAACAGAUCAUGCUCAGGAUCAUUUGGGCGAUGUUGUUUAUGUUGAGUUACCAGAAAUUGGUGUUUCUUUAUCUCAAGGCGGUAGUUUUGGUGCUGUGGAAAGUGUUAAGGCUACAAGCGAUAUCUACUCUCCCAUUUCGGGAAAAGUUAUUGAAGUUAACACAGAACUUAACAACUCCCCCGGUUUGGUAAACGGAAGCCCAUACGAAAACGGAUGGAUAAUGAAGUUGGAGAUUGAUAACAAUGGGGAGGAACUGAAAUCCUUGAUGGAUGCAGACAAAUACUCCAAAUUUUGUGAAGAAGAAGAUGCUAAACAUUGAUAGUGGUUGGGCAAUCUCCAUUGUCAAGGAGAAUAAAAUGGACAUUUUAUCUACUUCUUCUUCAAUGUUAACUGUUUGUUUGAUAAAUUUGUGACAAAUUUGUUUUAAAACAAGUUUUAUUGUUUAUCAUUCUAUGAAAACCAUUUGGGGUUAAAAGAUCCAAAUGGAUGCUUUCUCUAUU